CACCACAAGAGCUUCGUUUUGCGCCAUCACCAACUUCAAGAUGAAUGCUACACGGGUUCUAUUAUCCCGGUCCGUGUGGAAAGGUAUCAAGUAUCGCCUCAAAAAGAAUUCGUCUAUGAAUAUUAAUGUUUUCUAGGACCAAACAUUGUUCCGUAAAUUUUCCAAUCCUGUCCGGCGAACGUUCCUAACUUACGUCCAGUCUCCCAAUUGUUCGAGUCGCCCCAGGCCAGAAAACACCUCCCGUUAAGACACAAGCGCGAUCAGCUACGAUAUUACCCAAUUUCGUAGGAAUGAUCUUUCAGGUACACAAUGGGAAGAUAUACCAUGAUGUGGAAAUCACCGAGGAUAUGGUAGGGCACAAGUUAGGGGAAUUUUCACCGUAA